CUUUAUUCUUCAGAUUAGUUUCCAAGAGUUCAAAAACAAAAUCCUCAAACCUGGUUUGGUUGAUCGAAUUGUUGUUACAAAUAAAUCAAUUGCAAAAGUGUUUGGGAGAAGCUUCACAGAUUGCAAAUAAAGACACUGAUGAUGUUGUACAAGGUUCUAAUGCCGGUGCCCCUGCAAGAAAAAUGUGAGCCAGUAUUAAGUAUUUCUUUAGCAUAGGAAGUGUUGAAUCUUUAGAGGAGAAGCUGGAGCAAGCCCAGCAAGCAUUAGAGAUAGAUCCUCAUGAUGAGUGUGAGGGAAAGCAAGAAAGAUGUAGUUUGAUCUCAAAAUAGUUGAAUGUGUUUCAUCUCUUUGACUUUUUAUUACCAUCUCAGGUGUUCUUUAAAUAUGUAGCUAGCUCUGAUGUGGCAAAACAAGAAAUCAUGGAGUUUGUUCACUUUCUAAAGAACCCAAAGAAAUAUGAGGAGUUACGAGUGAAAAUUCCUAAAGGUGCACUUCUUGUAGGCCCCCCCGGCAGGCUGGUACAGGGAAGACACUUCUCGCCAAAGCAACUGCUGGUGAGUCAGAUGUGCCAUUCCUAUCAAUGAGUGGUUCAGAUUUUAUGGAAAUCUUUGUUGGGGUUGGUACCCCAAGAGUCAGAAGCUUAUUUCAAGAGGCAAGACAGUGUUCUCUUGGUACUAUAUUUAUUGAUGAGAUAGAUGCAAUUGGUUGGGCAAGAGGCCAUGGAUGCUUUCCAGGUGGCAGUGAUGAGCGUGAGAGUACUCUUAAUCAGUUGCUUGUAGAAAUGGAUGGGUUUGGAACAACUUCCGGGGUGGUUGUGCUUGCUAGUGCAAGUCAGCCUGAUAUUUUAGACAAAGCCCUGUUGAAGCCUAGUAGGUUUGAUCACCUGAUCACAGGUGAUGCACCUGACAUCAAGGGUUGUGACCAUAUCUUUCAAAUCUAUUUGAAGAAAUUAAAACUUGAUAAAGAGCCAUCCUACUACUCUCAGCAACUUGCUGCUUUAAUUCCUGGUUUUGUAGGAGCUGAAAUUGCAAAUGUUUGCAAUGAAGCAGUAUUGAUUGCUGCAAGAAAUGCGAGUGCACACAUCACUAUAGAACAUUUUGAGGCAGCAAUUGACCGGGUAAUAGGUGGCUUGGAAAGAAGAAUAAGGUUAUAAGCAAGUUGGAAAAGUGAACCGUUGCUUACCAUGAAUCAGGACAUGCUGUUGCUGCUUGGUUCUUGGAACAUCCAGAUCCCCUGCUGAAGUAACCAUUGUUCCUCGUGGUACAGCAACAUUGGUGUUUGCUCAAUGUGUUCCCAAUGAAAAUCUUCUAAUGACCUUUUGCCAUUAAUUGAAUUUUCAAUUAUUUGUAGCAGUUUUCUGAUAUGACUUGCAAGGCACUGGGUGGUCAUGCUGCUGAGCAGGUUUUGUUUGGGAAGAUUUCAAAUGGAGCCCAAAAUUACUUGGAGAAGGUGACUGAGAUGACCUGCACCCAGGUGGCAGUAUGUAGUUUUGGUGACAAGGUUGGCCUUCUCUCUUUCCGGAGGUGGUAGAUUUGAGAUGAGUAAGCCCUACAGCAGCAAGACUGCUGCCAUCAUUGACAAUGACGUUCGAUAGUCGGUGGCAAAGGUGUACAAUUACACAUUACAGCUGAUAGAGAAGCUUAAGGAUCAAGUGGCUCAGGUUGCAGACCUGUUGCUUGAGAAGGAGGUAUUACAUCAAGAUGACUUGGUUCGGGUAUUAGGAGAUUGCCGGUUUAAGUCAAGUGAGCCAACCAAUUUUGGUAGGUUUGUGUAAGGGUUUCAAGAAGACAACGUAUCUAAAGAGACCACAUAUAGCAAAACCAAGGAUGAUGGAUCAUCUAAAGAAACCACUGGUAGCAAAACUCAACGUUCGUUAAGACAUCUAAUCCUGUAAAAAUCUAUUUUUUGUCGAGCUGCAUCAUCUUUAUGCUAUCAAACCAUAUCUGUUUUGAACAAAAAAUGGUGGAAGAGCAACAAAUGGACAUGGGUGAUUUGGCGGUGGUGACACAUGUUAUGUUUCAAAAGCACAGAUGACACUUUCA